GAAAGGGCCUGAAGCUGCUGCAUCUAGAGAUGGAGUUUUCACCAUGAAUACAUCAUCUUUCAUAAUCUCUGAUGAUCUCCACAUAUAUUUCCAAAUGAGACAGGAUUCUUAGGAAUCAUUAGCUUUCUUGGCAUUACAGACAUGGAUAACGCCGAGCAAUUCAAAGUGGAUUUGGGCUUCAAUGAGAUUAUGAAUUUGUUGAAGGCAUCCUUGACGUCCCCAACUCCAUUGUCGGACAUCAUCCUAAAUAAAACAACACAGCUGAGUUACUCUACACUCAUGGUGUCUCAGCCACACACCGGAAACGAAGAGAAUCCCAAUAACUCUACGAAUUUAAGUUUGAAAGUGAUGAUACAACAAUCUACUGGUAAGGUUGUGCAUGCUCAAGCUAAUAAACAGUUUGUAGAGUUUCUGUUUAGUUUCCUCUACAUCCCAUUGGUAGGAGUUGAGCAUCUUCUUGCCGGUAGCACUGGUGUUAAGGCUAUAGACAACUUGUACCGGAACACAUCCGACGUUAUAGAUAGCAAGCAUUUCAUUACCCCGGAUAUGAAAAAGAGGCUAACGAAACCCACUCUACCUCAUGGCUAUGUUUCGAAAGACUACAUUUUCCCCCUCACUGAAGAAUCCUUGCCUGCUGACUAUGAUCAAACAUCAAAUUUUUCUUCUGUUAAGUUUCCCAAUGGGCGGGGAAGUUAUCUUAAAGGAUCGCCAGCUUAUCACGUGGCCGAUGAUUUAACUGUUACGCCUUUCUGCUUUGCCUCGACACUUUCCUCACUUAAAGAGCAGGAAAUCUCGAUAUCUGAUGUCAAAGAAGUGGAGAUGCAAAUCGGGCUGAAAGAGGCUUUAAGCAUACUGAAAGCCUCUCUUACUUCUUCUACUGCUCUCACUGAUGCUCUCUUGACUCGCAAAUCACUCAAACGACCUAAGAGAGAAAAAGUCUGACUGCGAUCCAUGCUCCAAUUCCAAAUAGUAUUGUUUUUCUGCUUAUUUUAAUAGCAAUA